AUGUCGCUCCAAGACCUUAUUCCCGUGGUCAACAAGCUCCAAGAUAUCGUCACCUCGACGCAGCUAGCCGACAUUGACUUGCCUCUCUUGGCUGUGGUUGGCUCGCAGUCCUGCGGCAAGUCGUCCGUGUUGGAAAACAUUGUGGGCAAGGACUUUUUGCCCCGCGGCACCGGCAUUGUCACCAGAAGACCGUUGGUUUUGCAGUUGAUCAAUGUGCACAAGGACGACGCUCUUGUGCGCGAAUACAACCCGGCGGACUUGGACGAUGGCGGCUACUACUCGCUGUCGUCGGACGAGGUCAACUUGGAAGAGCACUUGAGAAAACACACGGGCCAGAAAAACAAGCCCACACAACACCCUUCCGAAUGGGGCGAGUUCUUGCACAUCCCCAACAAGCGUUUCUACAACUUCGACGCCAUCAGACGUGAAAUCGAAAACGAAACGGCCCGCAUCGCCGGCAAAAACAAGGGCAUUCUGCGCUUGCCCAUCAACUUGAAGAUAUACCUGGACAAGGUGUUGAACUUGACGUUGGUGGACUUGCCGGGGCUCACGAAGAUCCCCAUCGGCGACCAGCCCACAGACAUCGAAAAGCAGACGCGCAGCUUGAUCCUCGAGUACAUCUCCAAGCCCAACAGCAUCAUCUUGGCCGUCUCUCCUGCCAAUGUCGACUUGGUCAACUCCGAGUCGUUGAAGUUGGCUCGCCAGGUCGACCCAACAGGAAAGCGCACAGUGGGGAUCUUGUCCAAGCUCGACUUGAUGGACCAGGGCACCAACGCCGUGGACAUCUUGAAGGGCAACGUGUACCCGUUGAAAUUGGGUUUCAUUGGCGUGGUCAACCGCUCGCAGCAGGAUAUCCAGGAAAACAAGCCGCUCGAAGAGUCCUUGCAAGCCGAGCAGCAGUUUUUCCUCAACCACGCCGCGUACCGUGCCAUGGCCAGCAAGUGCGGUACCCGCUACUUGACGGUAGCUUUGAAUCGCAUUUUGAUGAGCCAUAUCCGCGAGCGCUUGCCUGACAUCAAGGCACGCUUGAACACGCUCAUGGGCCAGACAGAGCAGGAGUUGGCCUCGUACGGCGACUUCCCAUCGUUGGCCGAGUCUGCCGAGGGAAGGGCAGCUUUGCUUUUGAACUUGAUGACGAAAUUCGCCAACAGCUUUGUCAAUUCCGUCGACGGCACAACCUUCGACGAUGUCUCCAUCAAAGAAUUGUGCGGUGGUGCACGCAUCUACUACAUCUACAACGAGGUAUUCGGCGCUCAGUUGGCGGCCAUCAACCCUACUCAGAACUUGUCGGUUAAAGACAUCCGCACGGCGAUCCGCAACUCCGCAGGCCCUCGUCCGCUGUUGUUCGUGCCUGAAUUGGCAUUCGACUUGUUGGUCAAGCCUCAAGUGAAGUUGUUGGAAGAGCCUGCUCGUCGCUGUGUGGAGUUGGUGUAUGAAGAGUUGAUGAAGAUUGUCCACGGAAUCUGCGGCUCUGGCAGUUCGGGCGAGACCAACCGCUAUCCAAAGUUGCAGGCUAAGCUCAUUGAGGUUGUGUCUGACCUUUUGCGCGAGAGACUUGGUCCCACCAUCAAGUAUGUCGAGUCCUUGAUUGAGAUUCAGCAGGCAUACAUCAACACCAACCACCCCAAUUUCGUCGGCGCAGCAGAAGCCAUGGCUAUGGUUGUGGAAGAAAGACGCCGUCUGCGUGAGGCAGAACUGAAAUCGAAGUUGCGUCUUGCCACACAAAAGAUCUUGAGCAAGCCAGAAAGACACGCAAAACCAAACGAUGAGUCUGACAUCGAGGACGAGGUCAAUCUUGAUGUGAGCCAGAUCGACGACGAGGCUAAGCCCGUGCACCACCGCCGGUCUGACUCGAGCCGUACGAUUUUGUCCGGCAAAUCGUCUGACCUGGCCAUGCCCGAGUCAUACUUCAACUUCUUCUUCGGCAAGGACCCGGUGAUGCACCAGCAACACCAGCAAGCACAGGCGCAAUUGCACCCUACGCCGUUCAAGUUCCCUCAUGCACAAGAACAGCCGUUGCAGUUCAACAGCCACUUCGUCAACGGUUCUCUCAGCCACGACAUGAAGAUGAUGGCCGUGGAAGACCACAUUGAGCGCGUGGCGGAAAACAUCGACAAUCACGAGGAGGAAGAUGAUAUCCUGGAGCUCAGUGAGCGUGAACAGUUGGAAUGCGAGUUGAUUCGUCGUUUGAUUGUGUCUUACUUUGGCAUUGUGCGUGAAAUCAUCCAGGAUCAGGUGCCGAAGGCGAUCAUGUGCUUAUUGGUCAACUACAUCAAGAGCAACCUCCAGAACAGGCUUGUGGUGAAGUUGUACAACGACCAGUACUUUGACGAUUUGCUCCAGGAGGACGAAACCACUCGUUUGGAACGCGAGAAGUGCGUGAACUUGUUGAAGACCUACAAAGAGGCGUCUCGCAUCAUCAGCGACGUCGUCUAA